AUGGGGAUCGGUAUCGGGGCGGACUACCCUUUGAGUGCUGUCAUUACUGCCGAGUUCGCACCUCGCAAACAUCGUGCGCGAAUGUUGAGCUGGGUUUUCUUCGCCCAACCUGUUGGACAGCUGCUCGCCAAUGUUCUAUCACUUGCUGCAGUGGAGUCGUACAAGCCAUGGAUCAAGGAGGCCACGCAGUCUUGUCAGCCUGCCGACUUGGAGUGCUUCCGAGCUAUCGAUCGACUUUGGAGGCUCGUAGUUGGGAUCGGCAUUGUGCCGGCUCUCAUCGCUCUGCUGUUUCGAUUCACGAUACCAGAGAGUCCGAGGUAUACGCUGGACAUCUUGCAAAACACAAAAAGCACCCUCGAAGAUACGGCGAACUACUUUGGUGCGCCCGGAACAGACCCCGAACAUGGCGAGAGGGAACUGCUAGAUCUGGCUGCAACACAGGAAGUUUCGAGGCCUGUAUCGAGGCAAUCGACCAACGCUUCGGUGAUUGCACCCGACGAGGAGAUUGAGAGCGACAGUGACUCCGGACACCGACUCAGUGACGUACAUCUUCGUCCCGCCGCAGCGCCUCGCGGCCGGCUUCCUCCAGGCGACCCGGAUUUUGUUCCUCCACUUGCCUCGUGGGCCGACGCAAAACAAUUCUUUAUAGCGGAGAAAAACUGGCAGUACCUUCUAGGAACGUCGUUGGCCUGGCUGUUUCUCGAUUUCGCGUUCUAUGGGUUGGGCCUCUCUUCACCAGAAAUUGUCAGCCACAUCUGGCAGGGAAACAACAACAGCAGAUCUUCCGUCUACCAGACGUUGAGUGAUAAUAGCAAACACACCCUGGUGAUGGUUUCCAUAGGGACAGUUGUCGGCGGCCUGCUAAUGAUCAAGAUUGUCAAGCAUGCUUCGCCAAAAGUGAUUCAGUUCUGGGGGUUCUUGGUUCUAUUCGUUCUCUUCAUCGUAACCGGAAGUGCUUGGACCAACCUACUCGACAGCAGUCGCUCGGGACUCAUUGUGCUUUACGUGCUCAGCCACAUCGCCUUCAACCUGGGACCGAAUGUGACGACUUUUAUUAUCCCUGCCGAGAUAUUCCCUACGAGGUACCGGUGCACCUGCCACGGCAUAGCUGCGGCUAGUGGCAAACUCGGGUCUUGGGUGGUGCAAGUCUUUCUGGCAUAUGCAUUCCAAUCCGACAAAUCCGAACCCACAAGCGAUUUUGAAUGGGAACGCAAGAAUUUCGGACAUAUCCUGCAAGUAAUGAGCGCUUUCAUGCUAGCAGGUGCCGUAACAACAUAUUUCUUGGUCCCGGAAACAAGAGACCACGAUAACAAGAGUCGGACACUGGAGGUUUUGGCGUGUGGCAAGAAGGUUAUCGAUGAGCUGAACCGCCAGCGGAAGAAGGAAGAUGAAGACGACUGA